UGGAGCAGGUAGGGCCGGGGCACGCAACGCGGAGGCGGGGAAGGACAGCAGGCAGGGGCUCAGGCUCGAGGAACAUAGCUCUCGGGACCCCCGGGAGUCCCCAGCCUGUCGCGCGCCUUGGGGGAAGCCAAAAGGUCAGCAACAUCUCCCAGUUGUCUGCAGACGCCGGUGCACAGAGGUGUUCAGGGUGCAAGCCGAAACACCCCGAAGCUGGCUACAUUUGGGGCGACAUCUCUGGCCUGCGGAAAGCUGGUGGUUUCCUUGCCCGCUCCCACGAAGUCACCGGGAGCGACCUGGACUCCCCCCGGAAGAGAAGUCUGCGAGAGAGAGGAGCUUGGUAGCACCGCAGAGAGCAAGGGCAGAGAUGUUGUACUGAGGAGUUGGGGGACAGCACUUGUCUUCCUGAUAUCACUUCUUACACUUGACCCCAGGGGUGGUCAGAGGGGAGGCGUCACAGGAACAGAGAUGUCAUUGACAGCAGUCACUGCCGGCAUGAGGCAAGAUCGGCUCUGGGAUCGCUCACUGUUCUUGAAGGAGGAGUGACUGGAACCCAGCACCCAGGAGGUGAACCCAGGCGGACCUGAGGAGAAGCCUGUAUCCUGUGUCCUUGGGAAACUGCUCACUGCAGGGUCAAGAUGACCACAGCCACCACUUUGGGGGACGCCGUCUUCUCGCUGAACAUGACCAGGGGAGAGGACGCCCUGUAUAAGAGUUCUGGAGCCAUCGUGGCCGCCAUUGUGGUAGUUGUCAUCAUCAUUGUCACCUUGGUGCUGAUCCUGCUGAAGAUGUACAACAGGAGAAUGAGGACCAGGCGGGAGCUGGAGCCCAAGAGCCCAAAGCCACCUGUCCCUCCUUCCCUGGACCCAAACAGCAGUGGCAGCCAGCAGCCUGCUACUGUGACCUUCGACCCUGCCGAUGUUCAUGUGGAGACUCGGUGACCCUGCCUUGGCGCUGUCCCUGCCUCUGCAAAGAGCUUUUAUGACCCGAAAGUCCACUCUGCUGGCAGUUCACCGAGUUCUUUCUGGUUGGGUAAACUGAGGCACCUUUCAUACAGCCCCCGCAGCUUGAAGCCAUCCUCACCUGUUUGUUCUCUGGCCACCCCAGCUAUGUCCGUGUCCCUGCUGCCACCCAACCAAGGCUCUGAGGACAUUCUUUUGGUACCUGAUGAGACGCUCUGUGUUGGGGAGACUGGUGUGAGUCUGGUUCUCCCCUCACACGUGCUACAGCUAGACAGCUCGACAGACAGACAGACAGACAGACAGACCUCUGAGUCUUCCGCUCAGGGUCAGGAAGUGUUAAUAAGAGUGUCAAUUAGGAAGCCUCCAGGAACAUCUCAGCCUAAGGGCAUGUCCACAACUUCCUCUAUCCUAUAACCAGAUGCAGGGACAUUAGCUUGGACUAACAAAACCACCUUGGUAACAUCUAACUGAUCCAGUACUAGACAGGCGCUAGCCAGCUCAUGAUGGCCGGCCAGCGGUCUCCCCCUUUAACGAAGGGUACAAGAGGCUGGACGUGGUGGCACGUGCCUGCCAUCACAGCACUCGGUAAAAGCAGGAACACUGUGAUUGCAAGAGCAGUUUGACCACAUGCAGAGAUGCUUCUCUUAAAAAAAAAAAAAAAAAAAAAA